AUGGCCUGUAUCGUUGCCUUUCUUCUCACAGCGUCAACGAACUUUCAACCUUCGAAUCACUUGAUUACUGUGACCAGUGACAUAUCAUACUAUAGUUACAGAGUCUUUCCUCACCAAGGUAAUGAAUUUCCGCAGGCUGACGGUAUACUAAUGAGCACAUCGUCGAUCGACGACACCAGGACUUCCACUGCCGUGUAUUGCUCACUUUUGUUAGGGAGUCAAGGAAUCAUUACUAUGAUUACAAAACUUCCUAUGCUUCAAACCGACUUAGUUUAUAAGUACAUCAGUCCGGAGCCCGAGCAGCUUCAAACAUGCUGGGAAAAUAUUAAAGAUACUGUGAAAAGUCUAGGAGGAGCUCGCGAAAAAUACUCGGACCUUGAGCAUACGAUAUGCACUCCCAAGACUAUUUCCUACCUAGCCUACACUGGCUCUAUUUCAGUAAUUGGAAAUUACCAGCAUUUCUAUCCGAGGAGAGAACAUAGAGCUCAAACGCCCAUUAUUAUUGACGAGAAAUUCUCAUUGAGCCAACUAGCCGACAAUGGCCAAAUUUUCCGGCGCACUGACUGGGAUGACACCUCGGUAGCACUUGCUUGGUACCAGGGAUAUUUACACCUAUUUAAAUCUGGGCCCAAUGGCUGGUAUCCCCUCACUAAAAUAGGGCACGAGGAGGAGAACGGACCGUUCAUCUUAAUGUACAUGCUUGGGAUAAAUCCGAAUGUUUGGGAUUCUGACCAUCAUCUAUCCCUCAGAAUUAACAAUAAGUUGAGUGAAUUAAAAGAUGCUAGGGAAUUUAAACAUUAUUAUCAUCGUCAAUGGGAUACUGCCUAUCCACAUAAAUUGGGCAAACAAUUGAACCUGGCAAAGCUUCAAGCUUCAGUUCCCAGAGGCACAAUAAGUAGCACUGCCUGA